AAGUUCUGUGCGUUCUGCAAAGUAAAAAUUUAUAGUGGAAUUGACAUUUUUUGUGAUUAUACUGUUUUUGUGGUUUUAGAGUAUUUUGCGGUGCCAAUAAUUAUAAAAAAAAGAUUGGAUUUAGCAGUAUGGAAGAACUGGACGUCCACAAUCUUUGUGAUUUCUUGAAGAACAACGGUUUCAGUGAGCACACUUUAAAUAAAAUCAAAGAUAAGUUGAAGGCUCUACUGGUUUUUCCUGAGAUGUUGCCCACGACAAAUUUCACAAAAAAGGGAAUCAAAAGGGCCCGAGUUGAGGAAACUAUUUUGAGUAGAACAUCAGGUUUUGAGAUUCCCAAAAAAGAUCUCAUACGAUUUGUUAAGAGCGAAAUAAACGUCGAGGAGUUCAUUGAACAAGUUUCAAAAACAACUCAAGGCAGGAUCCAGCCUUACAUCUUAUGUCUUCAAUCGGAGGCUGGAGAUAAAUGUUUUUAAUUGCCGACAGCCACAAAAUUGAAAUAGCCGACAAUGGAUCUCCACUAGUAGCGUUUGACAUACUUUUUAAAAUGCAUUAUGUCAUGAAUGUUUGUUACGCGAAUUCACUGAAGUUUUUUUAUAAUUUCAUAGAAGCAUAUUUGUAUAAAUCAGUCAAAUUGACUGACUGGGUCAGUCAGUCAAAAUGACUGAUUCAAAAAGGCAUUUUUGACUGAUUUGGCAGUCGUCGAAUCCGCACUAUUUGAAUCAAUCAAAAUUGACUGGCAAUCAGUCAUUUUUGACUGAUUCAAAUUUAGAGUGUACCUCUAGGCACGCUGCCAUUUACUUUACCUUGAUACACUUGUUUCGUUAGUCGUUCAUUUGGUAU